CAUACAUAGCUAUCGCCCGAACUCCAGGCACCAAGCCUAUGCGGGGAAACCCGUCGAGCCAGCGCGAGCAGAAAGCGGAAAACAGCACAGUCGAGUACAUCGUUACGAACAGUCGUGAGCAUCUGCGGUGAUGAUGACAGUCGCAGACGCUUUGCCGGCAUUCCCCCAAUUUGGCGCCCUGGCGCCCGAGCUGCGCGACAUCAUCUGGGCCUACGCUCUCCCCGACGACACGCCCGAGGUCUGCAUCCCGUGGCCGCUCGAGGAGUUCCCGGCAUCCUCGCGCGAAAACGAUGACGGCGGCGGAUUCGCCGCGCCGUGGCCUGAGCCGCUCGACCCCCUGCUCGUCGACACGGGGUUCCCCGCGCUGAUGCACACGUGCCGAGAGUCCCGCGCGGUGGCGGAGGCGCGGACGCGGCUGCGCUGGUCGCCGCUGGCGCGCUGCGCGACGCCGUUCCGGGCGUACCGGCCGGACCUCGACGAGCUGUACAUGAGCGUGCCGCGGGGGACGGUCGGCGGGCGCGCGACGAUCCCCCGCUGGAGCAUGUUCCCCAAGGGCGCCCGCCACGUCGCGUGCGACCUCCACAGCUUGCGCGAUGGCAGCUUCUUCUGGAUACUGCUCGCCCACCCGCUCAUGGACGUCGAAACCUUGACGUGCGUGCUGCCGGCGCCGCCCGGCGCCGUCGUUGACACGACCACCCGGUUCCGACCCCCCACGCGCCGGUGCCGGCUUCGCUGGCUGGAGACGCAGCCGCGGCGACACGAGCAGCAGCCGCAGCCGCAGCAGCAGUACGGAGAGUACGAGGAAGAGGAGCCGAUCGCCGACGCGGAGAGCUACAUCAUCCUCGUGAACCAGCGCAUGACGGGGCUGAGGAGCUAUCUGGAGGAAGUCCGCGAUCACUCGGCGGCGGAGUUCGCGGAGAUCCUGCACGUCGCGGCGAUGCCGGCCGAGUACAUGCGGCGGUGGGACGCGGCCACGUCCCGGUUCAAGAUCAAAUUCCUGGCGGCGGCGUUCGAGGAGUACCGGGGCGGGCGCUGGGUGCCGAGCUGCGACCACGCGCUGCGCUUCGAAACGCGAGACGGCGGGGGCGGCGACGCGAGCAGCCGAGGCGCCGGGACGUAUCGCGUCAGCGAGGCGGAGAAGUGGACGCCGCUGAGGGAUCCCGAGAGGUUCCGCGUCAACGACAUCCAGCAAGACGAGGUGCCGCUCUGGGACGAGGACGAAGAGAUGCGUGACGCAGCUUGAGACGUCGCGCGACGGUAUAUUAGCGAACGGGCUCGGAUGCUGGUUACGCGCUGCUGCGUAUGCGCGGUAGAUGUUGUUAACACCAGUCGUAUAGAGAGAUCUUAUAGAAUAGGUGUUAUCUCGUAUGCGAGCCGGUCGUUACGCGCGGCGUGGACUGAUCCUAAGCGGACGGCCACACCCGAACAUGCUACGGCGACUGUACUGCAGCGCGUUUUCCUACCAACCGUACCAUACGACGUACUACCUAACGUGCUACAUUCCUACGUCGCAGAGGCGGUACCGGUUAGUAGUGGCAGCGUGAUGCGGGCCCCGGCGGGUAUCGAGGCCUUCUCUGUAUGGUUCCCCUAAGGACUAUUAACUGCAGCCUAGACCUGGAGACGGCAGUCAGCAUUAACAUGAACAGCAACGGCAACGUCUUACCUACC